AUGCAGAAUGAGUCUGGUGCCCUCAAUGUUGAGAAUGGUGCCCUAAAUGAAAACGAACUUGUGAUUGAGAAUGAGAACCUUGUUGCUGAGGUUGGUAAUGCGAAUGACAACAUUGGCGCAAAAAAUAUUGAGAACCUUGUUGCUCCUCUCAUUGUCUCUCCAAUUGAGAAUGAGGUUGGUAAUCCGAAUGACAUUGGCACAAAAAACAUGUUCAAAAACGCGCUAGACGUUUACUAUGCGGCAAAGGAGGGCCUAGCGCCUAACCGUAUACGCAGGAUGAAAUCAAGCCGCAAUUUAGUGACUAAUGAAGGGAUUGUUGAAGAAGCUUGGGAGAUUGUUAAUGACGCUUUUCUCGAUACUCGAAGCCAUAGCUGGACUCGUGAAACUUGGCAGAUGUCCACAAACGUUAAAGUAUCACAUGCCAUCAGUGAAGUGCCUUGGCCGAUCAAGUUAUGGCCUCGUUGCAAGACGGCGAUGGAGAAUGUGAAAAUAGAUGCGACUAAACUAACACUGGAGUCCAAGUGGAUGGAGAUGACACGGAAGAAUAGCAGAAAUGAGUGA